AUGAGAACUCCUCUGGUUUGCUUGCUGGGAGUUCUAGCUCUGCGUGGCCUCACAGAACCGCAAGCAGAGGGUGUGGAGGUCUUGGAGGUGGGGGGUGGGAGAACGGCCUCUAUGAAAAAGAAAAAAGGAAAGAGGUCUUGGCUCAAUCUUUGCGCUGACUAUAUUAAAACUGAGGAGCGUCAUUUUGCGGAGGCUUGUAAAGAACAGUUCCUGUCUGUUGCACGUAAGUGGGACAUCGAGGGCAAGACGACAACCAUUGGGACUGACAGUGCACGCAACAUGGUUGCCGCAAUUCGACUUACACGCUAUGAACACAUGAACUGUGUCGCUCACAUGGUGCAGAGAAGUGUCACAGUGAGUCUUGCUGACAGCGGCUUUGUAAAUGCUUUGGCCAAGGCUCGCAAAGUUGUCGGUCAUUUUAAGCACAGCCCAGCAAAUGCUGCGGAGCUUCAAGCACAACAAGUCAGCCUGGGAAAGAAGCAAGAGCCAUUGAUCCAGGAUAAUCAGGAGCACAAACUCGUUUUGCCGAUCGCAGCAGAGUGGGAUAAACUGCAGAGGCUGGAGACACUUCUAGAGCCAUGCAGGUAUGUAACUGAGCUCCUGGGUGGAGAGGCCUAUGUCUCCUGUUCUGUGGUACUACCUUCUCUCUGCCACUUGCGUCUCAAGAUGGAAGCCUGUGAUGAGGACCCUGCAUAUGUGGUGAGAUUCAAGACCAAGUUCAAGGAGGACCUAGCAUCCCGUCAAGAACAGCUCAACAAUGCAUGGCUCCAGAUUGCUACAGUUUUGGAUCCUCGUUUCAAAGACUUGAAAUGCCUUCCCAAGACAGACAGGGAAAAGGUGUGGACCACACUUGAAGGGAUGCUGCAACAAGAACGCAGCCCUGAGCAGACCCCUGUACUGCAGGAUACAGCUGAAUGUGUCAGCGCUGGACAGGUUUUUAAUGGUUUUGGGCUGAGCAGGGAGGCUCUGACAGUGCUGCUGGAUCUUCUGAGAAGUGCCACAGUCCAGACCCCGGUGUUUCUCUUCUGUCUGGCCAGUGGUGUAUCAUACAGAGUGGUCUCCAGAGUGUUGGACAUGCCUCGGUCCACUGUCCUCCGAGUCACUGAGGAGGUGCUGGCCAUUCACCAAGAGAUUCACCUCCUGAAGACCCCAGAACACCUGGAGGCAGGGCUGGGCUCAAAACUGAUGUUGUUUUUCUGA